AUCUAUCUAGGGUUUUGAUUUGAGAUUUCUAUCUGAUCUCGUGUUCUACUUCAAUUGCUAUGGCGAUCGUAUUCGUAAUCUGUCUUACAAAUCGCGCGGUUUUGGCGCGCCUUUUAAUUUUCCUGUCAUGUUCUUCGUUUUUUUCAUGUUCAGGUUCCGACAUGAGAGACUUGCCUUGUAGCAUGUUUCUUUUUUUUGUAUGCCCACUGAUGUUGAUGUUGCAGCAAAGAACGAACCUUUUUUUAUGUUGAAGAUGACAUGGAAAUCAUCGUCAUCGUCGUCAUCGUCAUCUGCAACUUCUAUGUCGGCGUUCUUGUAUGUCAACUCUUGAGCCCUGAAGACAUUCCUAGGUAUGAUAUUAACAGGACAUUUCAGAUUCAUUCUGGAAACAUGGAGAAAGACGAAAGAAGACGAUUCGAUUCCUUUUGGGAUUUUGAUGGGCAAUGUCCCACACCAGAGGAAAAUCAGACAUGAAGCACUGGCGUUCUCAUCAGCACCCAGAGAAAGGGAAAGGAGAAGACGACGCUUCUUCUCUCAGCUUGAGCAAUUUGUCAAAGCUCAUUCUCCCUCCUCUUGGUGUUGCAAGCUACAACCAGAAUCACAUCAGCUCGAGCGGAUGGAUCAUCUCACCAAUGGAUUCCAGAUACAGGUGCUGGGAGUCGUUUAUGGUGCUUUUGGUUGCAUACUCUUCGUGGGUUUACCCCUUUGAAGUCGCCUUUCUAAAUUCUUCACCGAACAGAGACCUGUAUAUCGCAGACAACAUCGUGGAUUUGUUUUUUGCCGUAGACAUUGUCUUGACGUUUUUUGUCGCGUUCAUAGACCAAAGAACUCAGCUUCUUGUCCGUGAACCCAGAAAGAUUGCGACAAGGUACCUCUCGACCUGGUUCUUGAUGGAUGUGGCAUCAACUCUACCUUAUGAAGCAAUUGGAUACUUGGUCACUGGCAAACCGAAUCUGAGCAUCUCUUGCUCACUCCUUGGAUUGCUCAGAUUUUGGCGAAUCCGACGUGUCAAGCAUCUCUUCACAAGGCUCGAGAAGGACAUCCGGUUCAGCUACUUCUGGGUCCGCUGCCUCCGUCUUCUAUCUGUGACGCUGCUUCUGGUGCAUUGUGCCGGUUGCCUCUACUAUCUAUUGGCUGACAGAUAUCCACACCAGGGAAAGACAUGGAUAGGAGCAGUGAUCCCGAACUUCAGAGAGACGAGUCUUUCGGUAAGAUACAUCUCAGCCAUUUACUGGUCUAUCACCACAAUGACCACUGUGGGCUAUGGAGAUCUUCAUGCAGUCAACACCAUGGAGAUGAUAUUCAUCAUAUUCUACAUGCUCUUCAAUCUCGGCCUCACUGCUUACCUUAUAGGUAACAUGACUAACUUGGUUGUGGAAGGGACUCGUCGUACCAUGGAAUUUAGGAACAGCAUUCAAGCUGCAUCGAACUUUGUUUGUAGAAACCGUUUGCCGGCUAGACUGAAAGAGCAGAUAUUGGCUUACAUGUGUUUGAAGUUCAAAGCAGAAAACUUGAACCAGCAACACCUGAUUGAGCAGCUCCCUAAGUCAAUCUACAAAAGCAUCUGCCAACAUCUUUUUCUUCCGUCGGUGGAAAAGGUCUAUCUCUUCAAGGGCGUCUCACCGGAAAUACUGCUUCUCCUGGUCUCGAAGAUGAAGGCUGAGUACAUACCACCAAGAGAGGAUGUCAUAAUGCAGAAUGAAUCGCCCGACGAUGUUUACGUAAUCAUUUCGGGGGAAGUAGAAAUCGUUGACUCUGAAAUGGAGAGAGAGAGUGUCUUAGGCACUUUACGAUCUGGAGACAUAUUUGGAGAAGUCGGAGCUCUGUGUUGUAGACCUCACAGCUUCACUUUCCGGACAAAGUCACUUUCACAACUCCUCAGACUCAAAACAACUUCCCUUAUCGAAACAAUUCAGACAAAGCAGCACGACAAUGUCACCAUGCUCAAGAACUUCCUUCAGCAUCACAAAAAGCUCAAUGAUUUAAACUUCGGGGAACAGCUGGCGGAAGGUGGAGAAGAGGAGGAGAGUGAUCCAAACAUGGCGUCGAAUCUGUUGACUGUUGCAAGUGCAGGCAAUGCAGCUCUUCUUGAUGAGCUUCUGAAGGCUAAGUUGGACCCUGACAUCGUUGACUCCAACGGAAGAACUCCAUUGCACGUAGCAGCUUCCAAAGGAUUUGAAGAGUGUGUUUUAAUACUCCUAAAGCACGGAUGCAACAUCCACGUAAGAGAUGUGAACGGAAACACGGCUCUGUGGGAGGCAAUAACAUCGAAAAACCACGCCAUCUUCAGAAUCCUUUACCAUUUCGCUGCCAUAUCCGACCCUCACGUAGCAGGCGACCUUCUAUGCGCCGCCGCAAGACAGAACAACCUCGAAGUAAUGAAAGAUCUUCUGAAACUCGGACUCAACAUCGACACAAAGGACCACAAGGGCUUCACGGCUGUACAGGUUGCCAUGGCGGAGAAUCACAUGGACAUGGUGAAUCUGCUCGUGAUGAGCGGCUCAGACGUGAUCGGCCUCAACACUUGUGAGUUUUCUUCCUCGACCUUCGACGAGAUGAUGCUCGAGAGAGAGGCGAGGAAUCGGACUAACGUACAAGCCGGGGAAAAGCGCGCGAGAGUGAGUAUUUUCAGGGGACAUCCAUUGGAGAGGAGAGGAUUAGGGUUUGCAGAAUAUGGGAAGCUUAUUAUGUUGCCCUCUUCACUUGACGAGCUCAAGAAAAUUGCAGGGGGGAAGUUGGGGUUUGAUGCAAGUGGGGCUAUGGUGACGGAUGAGACCGGAGCGGAGAUCGACAGUAUAGAAGUGAUUAGAGAUAAUGACAAGAUUUACUUAGUGGAAGAAGAUAAUUAAUCAAAGUAUCAUUUGAUUUGAUGUUGCACCGUUUGCGAAAAUGUUUUAUUAAAAAAAAUCCGCGUAGAUCAAAUAUGGUCUUUGCAAUUUGUAACCUCAUACGACGUUCCAUAUGUUACUUGCAAGCUGUCAUACGGAAUUGUGAGUCA